GGCGGUGCAAUCCUAGCAAGAGGAAUGUGCAGCGAUUCUCCUGGACCACGGCGCCGAUCCUAACGUGGCGGACAUCAGUGGCAACACUGCUCUGCACCAUGCUGUCCGUGGUGAGAACAUGGCUAUAGUGGAAAAGCUGCUUUCAUGCAGAGCCAACAUGGAAGCAAACACAAGGAUGACCUCACACCACUUUCACUUGCUCAAAGUGAAAACAAAGACCAAAUUGUGGAGAUUUUAGUAAAGAGGGGAGCAAGAAUACAUGCAGUCGAUGAGAUGAAGAGCAAUCAACAACUACCUUCUGAAUAUAAAGAAGAAAGGACACCUAAAAAGUCUUCUGAAACUAGCAAAAGUGUUGUGAAUGAGAGCUCUGAAGAAGACUCUUUAAGAAGCAAACCUGACAUUGAUGAUUCAUGGCCAACAUCAGAUGAUGAAGACCUCGAAUUUGAUACCAAGAAUUUCAUGAAGCCAAGCUUAGCAAAGCUAAUGACUGCUAUUCAACAAUCUCAGAAAAACAUAGAAGCAAAAUAUGCCAUUGUGAGACCGGAAAAUAGGACCUCAUAUGAGGACAAUAAUUUUCAUAGUGAAAAUGAAGAUGUGGUAGACACCCUUCCCAACACAUCAGAAAAACUCCAGGGCUUUUCUCAAGGUGCCUUUUCAUCACUUGAACCUCUUCUAAAAGCUUCUUCCAUGUCUUCAACAGUCAUUGGUCUUACAAAGGAAGAAGCAACAAAGCCAGCAAUUAAAAAAAAAGAAAGUGGUAUUGAUAUUGAAAGCGCUCUACAAAACCAAACAAAUAAUGAAAAUUUGAUUUAUGUUGAUGGAGAACACAAAAAUAAUAGUGAUAACAUUUCAGCAUUAGGAUUAGGAGAGGAUGAAGAUAUAGAAUCACCUUGGGAUUCUGAGAGUUCCUCUGAAGGUCUUCCACAGAAGUAUGUUGAUUAUUUAUCUGUAGCUGCAGAUCAAAGAGAAAAAAAUAAACUAAAUGGACAAGUAGAAGAUGUGUUUUAUAUACCUUCUUGCAUGAAUGGAUCAAGAAACUGUAAGAUGACUAAAGUAGAGGAUGCAAGAAAUAUAGGCAUACCAGUAGCCUGCAUUGAUUCUCCUGAAAAAUAUUCUCACUCGAAGCCUACCCUUGUGGUGAAAGAUCCUGUUCCUAACAGAGCAGUAGGCGUGAAGGACAUAACAGCAUCCAGAUCAGCAGAACUAGACUUAGAAGUGAGAUCACAGGAAGAGCAGGAAAGGCUUGAUGGGAGUGAGAACCACCACCGACAGGUUGAAGAAGAAAAACAGAUGCACAGAAGUAGUGAAGUGGAAGUAACAGAAAACAGCCACCAUGCUGAUGUUGACAACAGGGACGGAUUAAUUCAACAAAGAAAGAGUGGGCAAACUGAUAACCAACAAUUUUCUGAUAUGGAGAAUGAAGAUUCUGAUUGCAGCAGUCAUGGCUUGCAAAUAAAGGAAGUAAAGAAAAAUUAAAUUGAAAAAUGGACAUUGGAAGGACCUGUGAUUAUACUGACUUUUGAGAAGGCUGAUUCACUAACUGGUGGUCUACCUGAAGUGAAUGAUAACAACUGUUUGAGUGAAGUAGAUUAGGAUGGUAGAAGUGAGGAAAAAACAUCUAGUAAAGAGAACAAGGUAUUUUAAAAAUUAAAUAUCAAAAAUAUUAUCUACCUUGAUGACUUAACUCAGUCAUCUGGAACAGUUUCAGAACAUUUUGAGUUGCCUUGCACCAAUUAUAAGAAUUUCAUGUUGCUAAUUGACCAACUUGCCAUGGAUUGUAAAGAUUCUAUUAGCUUAUUAAAAAUCCAGGAUGCAGUUCUUUCAUAUGAAAGAUUAAUAGAACUUAGAAACAAUCACUGUGAACUACUUACUGGAAAAAAUUAAAAAAUGGAAAGUAGAGUUAGUGGCCUACAAAAGGAGCUAUCAGAAACAAAAGAAAUGAAAUCAGAGCAUCAAAAAGUAGAAUGGGAACAAGAACUCUGCAAUCUGAGGUUUACCUUAGAAGAAAAGGAGAAGAGAAAAAAUACCAAUUUGUUAUAUGACAAAAUUAGGGAGCAGUUAAGAAAAGAAGAGCAAUAUAUUAAAGAAGUUGAAGUAAACCAACAACUUGAAACCACUGUUAGAACACUAGAGAUGGAACUGAAGAUUGUAAGGAAGAAUUUAAAUCAGGUUGUAGAAGAGCGAAAUGACAUUCAGAGGCAACUUCCUCAAGAACAGAAUGCCGCCAGAAUAUUACAAGAUGGAAUUCUGACCAAUCACCUUUGCAAACAAAAGAAGAUAGAAAAAGCUCAUAAGAAAAUGCAUUCUAAGGUUUCUGAUAAUUAUGAAAAAGAAUAUCUGUUGCAUGAAAAUCACAUGUUACAGGAUGAAAAUGCCAAGCUAAGACUGGAAAUAGACACAGUAAAAAAUCAGAACCAGGAAAUGGAAAAAAAAUAUUUUGAAGACAUUAAAAUUGUCAAAGAAAAGAAUGAGCAUCUUCACAAGACAAUAAAACAUAAUGAAGAAAUAUUAACAAAAACAAUAUUUCAACAUAAUGAACAGCUUAAUAUUCCAACAGCUGAGAAUACAAUGCUAAAUUCUAAACUGGAGAAUGAAAAACAAAACAGAGAAAGACUGGAAACAGAAGUUGAAUCAUACAAGUCUAGGCUGGCUACUGCUACACAGGAUCAUGAGCAAUGUCAGGCAUCACAAAGAGACCUACAACUUGCUUUCCAGAGAGAAAGAGAUGAAUGGUUUUGUUUACAAGACAAAAUGAAUUUUGAUAUGUCUAACCUAAAAGAUAACAAUGAGAGUCUUUGUCAAGAACUUUCUAAAGCUGAAAGUAAAUUCAGUAGCCUAGAAAGUGAGCUUAAGCACACAAGAGAUGCUCUCAGAGAAAGGACAUUGGUUUUAGAAGGUGUACAAAGAGACCUAAGCCAAACACAGUGUCAAAAGAAGGAACUGGAACACAUACAUCAAAAGCAACAAGGUAAAGUGAAUAAAUAUGUUGGAAAGCAGGGAUCCUUAGAGGAGAAGUUAUCUCACCUACAAAGUGAAAAUAAGUUGCUUCGACAGCAACUGGAUGAUGCUCACAACAAAGCUGAUGAUAAAGAAAAGACAGUAAUUAAUAUCCAAGAUCAGUUUCAGGAUAUCAUAAAAAUACUACAAACCGAAAAUGAAAAACAAGGUCUUAUGCUGAAUGAAAGAAAUAAGGAGUUAACCAAUGAAUGUAUUCAUUUAAAAGAAAUAAUACAUGAGUAUGAAAACGAUAAAGCAGAAAGAGAUGUAAUUGUGAGACAACUUCAACAAGAACUGGCUGAUACUCUUAAAAAACAAUCUAUGUCAGAGGCUUCACUGGAGGUUACAUCACAUGAUUGCAUGAAUUUAGAAGAUGAGAUACAGGAUUUAAAGAAGAAAUUAGAUAAAAACAGAAGUCAAUUGCAAGAAACACAGGAUCGAUGCACAGUGGCCGUAAGAUGUGCUGAGGAGACGCAAGAUCACAUGCAAAAGCUUGAAAUUGAAAAUGCCAAGUUAAAAGUUACAAUAAAAAAGCAAGCACACAAAAUUGAACAGCUUCAGGCAAAUCUGGUGGGGAAAAAAUCGUCUCAGGAUGAAAAAGAACAGUUAAAGAAAUAUAUUGAGUUAAAACAAUCUCUGGAGUAUAACUUGGAUCAAGAAAUGAAGAAAAAUGAUGAAUUAGAAGAAGAGAUUACCAGAUUUAAGAAACUCUUAAAAAUUACAGAAAGGAAGUUAAAUGAAUAUGAAAAUGGAGAGCUUAGUUUCCCUGAAGAUUUAAAACCGAAACAAAUUGAAAUGGAUAUUCAGAUUAAUGUGUUAAAACACAAGAAUGAUGACCUUACAUCAAAACUGCAAACUGCAUCUUCCAAAUGUCUACGCCUGGAUGAAGAAAAUAAAUAUCUUCAACAGGAGUUAUUAUCUAUGAAAGCAAUAGAAAAGAAAUGUGAAAAACUACAAAAUGAUAAAAAGAAGUGGAAACAGGAAGUAGUGAACCUCAAAAGACACAUGGAAAUGAAUAUGGUAGAGUUCAGUGAAGUACAACAGUAUAAACAGAAUAUUGAAGAAAGAGCAAGACAGGAUGUAGUAGAAAAAUUAAAAGAAGUCAAUCUAUUUUUACAGACACAAGCAGCAUCUCAAGAAAAUCUGGAGCAGUUAAGAGAGAAUCAUCUUUCUUCAAUAAGAAGUCAGUUGGAACUGAGAAUUAAAGAUCUGGAAUCUGAACUCUCCAGAAUGAAAAUGUGUCAAGAUUCUACAGAAAAAGAUUUGGGAAAAUAUAAGCAACUCUACCUAGAAGAAUUAGAAGGUAGAAAGUCAUUGGCAAUGAAACUAAACAAGACAAAUGAGAGGCUAGCAGAGGUCAGCACCGAACUUCUCCUAAAGCAACAUCAAAACAGAUCCUUACUCAGGAAUCUUAAUAUGAGGCCAGUCCUGGAGACACCUGGUGCUGAAAAUCUUCAUAAUAGUUUUGUACUCUAUGGAAAUUCUACUCCAAGAGAAAACUUGGUGAUUCCUACCUCAAGGUCACGGGCUUCAAACAACAGCAUAGAGACUUACUUGAUCAAGAUGCAGCAGGAGUUUGAAAAAACCCUAACUAAAGAACUAAAAGAAGAUGCUGCUGAAUUUGAAUCUGAAUCCUACGGAGCUUAUCCUGUAGGAUCAGUUGAUCAGUCAAAUUCAUAUCAAGAUUUAUUUUUGAAAACAUCACAAGAAUAUGUACAGAUUUUAAAGAAAAAUUAUAUGAUCUGAAACAAAUAGUAAAAGUGUAUUUUACUAUUUGGACUGU